AUGUCAAUUUUACCUCACAAAGGCACUUUGGUAAGAAAAUGUACUAGAUUUCUGCUGUUUGUACGGAACAUAACGAACUCUGCACCUAUAGCUUUAACAACCUCGUCUCUGAGGUUAGAAUCUUACUGUGAAGAGAACGCCAAUGACAGAGUUUAUGCCAAGAAUCGGAACAUAGACAGUUUGAUCAAAGCCGGAAAUCUUGAUCACGCACUUAAGUUGUUCGAUGAAAUGCCGCUUUGUGACGUUGUCACCUAUAACUUGCUAAUUUCCGGGCACCGCCGAUAUGGGCAUCCAAGAAUGGCUCUUAAGUUCUAUGCAGAAAUGGUUUCACAAGGAAUUCGAGAAAGCGCGUCGACAUUGUCUUUGGUCUUAGGUGUUUGUGCCGAUGCAAGGUUUUACAAGGAAGGGAUUCAAGUUCACUGCAGGGCUGUUUGUCUUGGAUUUAGCACGAAUAUGUUCGUCGGAAGUAGUCUAAUUAAUCUCUAUAUGAGUAUGGAACUCUUCAACUUAGCUUUGAAUUUGUCUGACGAAAUGCCUGAGAGAAAUUUAGCGACAUGGAAUUUGAUAUUACGCGGGUUUAGUGACCUGCAGGUUCGAGUGGGCGAGAUGGUGGGAUUGUUUGCUAGGAUGAAAUGGGACGGUUUGGAGCCAAAUGGGGUUACUUUUAGUUAUUUAAUUGGUGGAUGUAGUAAUGGAAGAUCUUUUGAUGAAGGAAAGCAGUUGCAUUGUCAUGCUAUUAAGGUCGGAUUAGUAGAGAUGAAUAUAUUUGUAGCCAAUGCCCUUGUUGAUUUUUACUCUGCUUGUGAUAGGUUUACUGAUGCAAGGAAAGCCUUUGAAGCUAUACCUCCGAAGGAUGUGAUUUCGUGGAAUUCGAUUGUCUGGGUGUAUGCGAAUAACGGGUUACUGCUUGAUGCUCUUGAACUGUUUUCUGCGAUGCGGUUUUGGGGUAACAGACCGUCAAUUCGUUCACUUGUAGGACUACUGAAUUUUGCUAGCGGGACCAAAAAUAUUGAACUUGGGAAGCAGAUACACUGUCAUGCCGUGAAAUCAGGAUUUGAGUGUGAGAGUGUUCAUAUCCAAUCCGCCUUAAUAAACGUGUAUGGAAAAUGCGGUGACGUUGAGGGAUCCGUGGCCGUAUAUGAAAGUGCUGAAGAAAGAACUCUGGAGUGUUGCAACUCUUUAAUGACAUCUUUGUUGCAUUGCGGUUUUAUUGGAGAUGUGGUUGAGAUGUUUGGUUUGAUGGUUGAUGAAGGAAUUGGGCUCGACGAAGUGACUCUCUCGACAACCCUGAAAGCCUUAUCAAUCUCUUCUCUCGCGAGCUCAUCCAGUUUCAAAUUACUGCACUCCCGUGCAGUAAAAUCUGGACUUGAAUCUGAUAUUGCGGUUUCAUGUUCACUGAUUGACGCGUAUUCAAAACAUGGUUACAUCAAGCUCUCGCGUCAGGUUUUUGAAAAUCUUUCUUCACCAAACGUCAAAUGUUUUACAUCGAUCAUCAAUGGAUAUGCCCAGAAUGGAAUGGGAAGGGAAAGUCUUGAUUUGUUUCAUGCAAUGAUCCGAAAGGGUCUAAAACCCGAUAAGGUCACAUUCUUGUGUGUGUUAACGGGCUGCAACCAUUCUGGGCUGGUUAGAGAAGGAAAAGUGCUUUUUGAUGCACUGAAAAGCUCAUAUGGGGUUUCUCCAGAUCGACAGCAUUAUUCAUGUAUGGUCGAUCUUUUAGGCCGCGCGGGCUUGUUAGAAGAAGCCAAAAAGUUACUUGAGCAGGCACCAGGAAGAGGAGACGCCACGAUGUGGAGCUCAUUACUGCGGAGUUGCAGGAUGCACAAAAAUGAAACUCUGGGAAGACGAGCAGCCGAAGUCUUGUUGGAGCUUGAGCCGGAGAAUCCUGCAAUUUAUUUACAAGUCUCAAGCUUUUAUUCUGAAUUCGAGGAGUUUUCAACUUCAUUGCAAAUUAGAGAGCUUGCAGUUGCAAGGAAGGUGACAAGAGAGAUUGGUCACAGUUUGAUUGAGACAAGCAGUUAUCGUUAA